GCCACCUGUUAUCGAAUUUUAAAAAAAAUUUUAUUUCGUCUGGUCGUUUGCUUGUAGUAAUUGUAUUUCAGCGACAUUUUAAAAAUAUUUUGAUAUUUUGCGAAGUUUAAAUAGAAGAUAUUCACGAGUAUCUUUCAGUUCUGAAAUGAUGGCUGGCACUAAUGUUAGAGUAGAAGAAUUAUUUAUGAAGCCUUAUCAAGGGGAUAUUCAAAAGAAAUUACAAAAAAUUCGAAAUAUUAAAGCAUUAUUAGAACAUAAAUACCACUUAGUCAGGGAUCGCAUUGAAGAAAUGAUCGAAACUAUCAAAAUAGAACUAUUUCACGAUCUUCUCAAAGUUUUAAAUUUAAAACGCAAAUAUUUAGAAGAAAUGGAAAUGAAAGUUACAGAAUUACGUUCGAGUGUAAUAGAAGGUAAUUCCCAACCUGUACUUAAUACUAAAGAAAUGGAACUUAUCGACUCUCAGAUGCUAGGUCUUCUUUCCUUGGAAUUCGUCCCAAACGUGUCUAAUUCCAUAUAUCAUAUUGGUUACAUCAGGACUACGCCAACCAAACCGGACGAUUUAAGCCUUAAGCUCGAGAUGCAGAAGUUUGAAAUUGGAACAUAUCUGGAAGCUAAGGUCAAAAGUAAGAAACCAUGGCAUUUUAUGACUUUGAACUCGUUAUCCGGAUAUGCCGAAGAUGUCAGCGGAGACAAGAUAUUACCGAAAAUUGUGGACAACAGAGAUGGUUCUUAUAUAUUAUACUUUAAUUUGAAUAGCUAUUCCAAAUAUACUAUUCAAGUAACACUCUAUGAUCACCCUAUCAAAGAUAGUCCCUGUAUUGUAGAGACUGAACCAGUUACAAUAAAUGAUAGAUACGUGAGGCAAGAAACAUUAUUACCUGGAAAAAAAGAACAUUUACUAGAAGAAACAUGGCCAAAUUCAAGUUACAAGACAUGCCAAAAUAAAGAAUGUCCUCAAUCUCAUUCGUCAACAUCCUUAACUAUAUCCUGUCGAAAUGAUAAAGUUUAUAUUGACAUGAAUAAUGAUAGAUUUAUUGAAUAUAAGAAUGAUGAUUGCUCCGUUGAUUAUCGUGAAGACAAUCGUAAAACAGAAUGUUCGGAUAUGAAGUUGAAUGAUAACGAUGAUUAUCUUAUUCUUAAAGCCAAUCUUCUAUCUACGGUAGGAGUACGAGAUGGCGUCGAGCUUCACUUUCCCAUUGGAGUAGCUGUAAAUCAUAAUAACGACACCAUUAUAUGUGAUACUGGGCAUCAUAUAAUAUGGAUUGUAAAUGGAGACGGAAAACUCAAACAGAAAAUUCAGCAAAAGAAAAAAGGAGAACAUUUCUUCAGGCCUUCAGCAGUAGUAGUUAUGGAAGAUGAUAGUUUUGUCAUAAAGGAUAGUAUAGGACUUCAUUUAUAUAAUAAAGAUGGCAUUUUUAUAAGAAGUAUUGGCGAAACAGUACUCCAUAGGCCUUUUGGUCUUGCAAUUACAGAAGACCAGAAGUUGAUAACAUUAAACGAGACACGGAAAUCUGAUCUCUUUGUUUUCAACAAAGAUGGCGGUGUAGAAAACCGUAAUUUAUACGAACCAUUAAUUAAGCGACAUGAAAAAUCGAAAUGUCGAUUUUUGGCGUAUUACUCUAAUGAAGUCGUCGUAUCUGAUUUAGGUUUAAGUAUGAUGUAUAAAACUACUGUGGAUGGUAAAUUGAUCAAAACCUUCGGCACUUUUGGAAAUAUUGAGGGAACCAUGAACGAACCAUCUGGCAUCGCUUUGGAUCCGACAGGAACCAUGCUUAUUGGCGAUAGCAGAAACGAUCGUAUACAGGUCUUUGAUUGGGAAGGUGAAUAUAUGGGUAAAGUGACUUUCUCUCAUCCCAUUCGAAGACCGUCUGACAUAACUUUGACUAAAGAUGGACGUCUGUACGUUCUUAAUUACUUGAAUCAUCACUUAGCAAUUUAUGCUCUUAAAAUAGAGUAAUUUUCAAAUCUGUUCUUCACAGAUUAAUCAUUGUGAAUUUUAAGUAUUGAACAUAUUAAAUUGAAUUCAUACUGUUUAUCAGAUUUUGAAUUCUUUUUCAUAUUGUAUUCUUUAAGUUUCUUACAAUGUAAUGUACAUGUAUUGCAUUUAAUUUCAUAAAUUAA